UCUCUCUUGUUUUUGUAGUAUAUGUCUUACUUCAUUUUCCUUAAACUACAAGCACGCCCGUUCAUUUUAACUCCGAUUUGGAUAUACUUUUUAAGUUUAUACAAAUUUCCAAAAUUAUGAAGCAGCAGCUGCUGGACGAGGAGUUCGAGAAUCUGCGUCGCGUAGCGCUGGCCAUAUGCCAGAAUCUCGGGAGACCGAAAGAUCGGGAGAUAUGUCGAAGCACUCUGGAAGAUCUGGCCAAGUUCCGCCAGGGGUCGUCGAUCAGGAUUAAGGAGAACGUGCAUAAGUUCCUGAUGUUCUAUCUAAAAGUCCUGAGAUGGUCGUACAAGAAUCAGCCAACGGAUUUAUAUCGAAAAUGGUAUGGACCAAACUUUGGCAAGGACCCAAAGUCUGCCUCAUCGACCAAUUCCGAGGAUGAACAGCGUGUUUGGUUGGAGGAGGGCAAGUCCUUUUACGCCAUGAAAACAUUUGAAGAUGGCUCCACCGUUGUUUACUCAGCGGUGGUCAAGGACCCAAAAGCUGGUUGGUCGGAAAAUGGUCUGAAAACUCUGAUGGAAACGCAAGUGCUUAACUCGAGAUUCUGUGUGUACAAUUUACUGGUUUUUCGAUAUGGUGCUGGUUUUUCGGAUAUGGCAGGUAAAUUCUACUAAUAAA